UUCUGGCUUGAAAGGCUGCUCGGCCGAAAUGUAACCAUUUCAAUGAGGAUUUCUAUAGAGUGGAAAGUUGUCUGCUGAUCUUUGCUGAAGACUUUUUGCUUUCUUUGGUUAACUAAGCCACACGAUACAAGCUGCCAUUCCUGCCGGCAGCCGUGGCGAUUCAGCCUAAGACUGAGGGAGAACUAUUACCCAGAGUACAUGCAAUUACUAUGGCGUUAACCCUGGAUAUAUUUUUAAUUGACUGUCCGUGUAGAGUGCCUACAGCCCCACUGUUCUGGAUUGCUUGCUGUUUUAAUGCUCCUCUGGCUCAACUAGUAGGAUCAGCAUAACCAACUGAACGAGACAGAGCUGAGAGAAAUUCCCCGCAGUUAGAAAACUUUUCUUUUUUGGCCAGGAUCACAUUUUUCUCCCUGACGGCUAAAAACUCAGCAACCUCUGUGUUAAAAGUUCAUUCUGCUUUUUUGCCCUUGCUUCGGAGACAAAAAUCAAAUCAGACAAAGGAUUCGACUGAAACUGUGAAGGAAGGAAGUAUAAGGAAGCCACCGCAGUUCUUUAACUACUAUCGUAAUAAUGGGCGAAAAGAAGCCAACCAGAGGAGCCCAGCAUGUACGCCAGCCUCAGUGUGACAGAGCAUGGAGACAUAAAGCUGAAUGGUGAGCAGAGCCUGUAACUCAGUUUUUCGGCACUUCAUCUGCUACAAGUUCCAGCUUAGACAUGGAUAUUCUCUGUGAAGAAAACACUUCUCUGAGCUCAACCACAAACUCCUUAAUGCAAUUAAAGGAUGACACAAGGCUCUACAACAACGACUUUAACUCCGGAGAAGCUAACACUUCGGAUGCGUUUAACUGGACAGUGGACUCGGAAAAUCGAACCAACCUUUCCUGCGAUGGCUGCCUGUCACCACCCUGCUUCUCCUUAAUUCAUCUCCAGGAAAAGAACUGGUCUGCUUUGUUGACAACUGUAGUGAUUAUUCUAACCAUUGCUGGAAACAUACUCGUCAUCAUGGCAGUGUCCCUAGAGAAAAAGCUGCAGAAUGCCACCAACUAUUUCCUGAUGUCACUUGCCAUAGCUGAUAUGCUGCUGGGUUUCCUUGUCAUGCCCGUGUCCACAUUAACCAUCCUUUAUGGGUACCGGUGGCCUCUGCCUAGCAAGCUCUGUGCCGUCUGGAUUUACCUGGAUGUGCUCUUCUCCACGGCCUCCAUCAUGCACCUCUGCGCCAUCUCCCUGGAUCGCUAUGUUGCCAUCCAGAACCCCAUCCAUCACAGCCGAUUCAACUCCAGAACUAAGGCAUUUCUGAAAAUAAUUGCUGUUUGGACUAUAUCAGUAGGUAUAUCCAUGCCAAUACCAGUCUUUGGGCUCCAGGAUGAUUCGAAGGUCUUUAAGGAAGGAAGUUGCCUACUCGCCGAUGAUAACUUUGUCCUGAUUGGCUCUUUCGUGUCCUUUUUCAUUCCCUUAACCAUCAUGGUGAUCACCUACUUUCUAACCAUCAAGUCGCUCCAGAAAGAAGCUACUCUGUGUGUGAGUGAUCUUGGAACACGGGCCAAAGUAGCUUCUUUCAGCUUCCUGCCUCAGAGCUCCCUGUCUUCAGAAAAGCUCUUCCAGCGGUCCAGCCACAGGGAGCCAGGCUCCUACGGCAGGAGGACUAUGCAGUCCAUCAGCAACGAACAGAAGGCGUGCAAGGUGCUGGGCAUUGUCUUCUUUCUGUUUGUGGUGAUGUGGUGCCCCUUCUUCAUCACCAACAUAAUGGCCGUCAUCUGCAAAGAGUCCUGCAACGAGGAUGUCAUUGGAGCCCUGCUCAACGUGUUUGUUUGGAUCGGUUACCUCUCCUCAGCAGUCAACCCUCUAGUGUACACACUGUUCAAUAAGACCUACAGGUCGGCCUUUUCCAGGUAUAUUCAGUGUCAGUACAAGGAAAAUAAAAAACCAUUGCAGUUAAUUUUAGUGAACACUAUCCCAGCCUUGGCCUACAAGUCUAGUCAACUCCAAGUGGGACAAAGAAAGAAUUCAAAGGAAGACGGCAAGACGACAGAUAACGACUGCACUAUGGUUGCUCUAGGAAAACAACAUUCAGAAGAUGCUCCUGCAGAUAAUAUCAACACAGUGAAUGAAAAGGUUAGCUGUGUGUGAUGGACUGGUUGCCAUGGCAACUGUGGAGGGCACACUGAGCAAUCUUCCCCCCUAUCUGGGAGGAAAAAGAAGAAAAGAAAAGAAAAUAGGGAGACUGGAAAAAAUUAGGCCAGUCUAAUGGAACCAACAAUAAUAUCUCUAUGCCUCAUUUUUAUUAGGUCAGUGAAAAGCAGGGUUCAAUGCUACAGAACGUGCACUUCAAAGGUAUUCUGACGGCAUUUCAGCUGUGAGCUUUAUAAUGUUAUUUUUAACAUUGUAAAUUAUAUGUCUUUAAAAUAAUUCGCUUUUAUUGUAUAAUUACAACGAGGCCAUAAAUAAAUCUAAAUUGUCUCCUAUCUGCAAGUGAAAACCUUGCUACUAUGUUGUUAAUUGACGGCGUGAGUUGGUUACCUGUCGCUGUAAACAAAAAUAGCUCUAAAUAGUGAAACGUUGGAUGAAUAUAAUGGCCUCUCACAUAAGGAAAAACUUCUCUUUAAAACUUACCAUGACACACGUUUUAGAUGACGACAACAAACAGACACUAAAGACAGUGUGAUGAAAUCCGAAUUGCUCAGAUACUGAAAAGAAACACUUGACAACUUUUUCAAUCCUGCUUUUUCAUAGAUGCCAUUUUGCAAUGUUCACAAAGUUGCUGGCAUUUGCUGCACUUCAAAUGAAUUCUUCUCAGAAGUGAACAAGAUUUUUAAGUGUUAUUUAAUAACUAUUGCUGCUUUCUCUUCUACUACUUUGUGCUUUAUUCUGAAUUUCCAGUGUGGUCUUGUUUAGUGUUUGCUCUAUUAGGUAAACUCUCAAAAGGAUAAUCAAACAUUACCAGAUACAUUUCUAGAAAUUGCUUCUCCUAACAGCACCACAGAAGGGUUUGGUAACUUGCUCUUUAAUGACUGCGUCAUGCCCGCACUCCUCUGGGCAGUAAGCGGUAUUGAUGCGACCGUGUCAGGAUCGAGGAACAAAGUCAGGUUUUUGUCUACUGACAGCAGUAGAGUCUUAGGACAUCUCUGUAAAACGCAGGUGACCCACCUGUUGGCACCCAUCAGAUAAACCGAUGCUUUCAGAUCAAUCUAUAUUAUUUACUAAAACUGUUCAGCUUUGGAUUCACAAUCAUUGAUCGAGUGUACACCAUCUGUGAAGAAAUUUCCUAGGUACUAAGGAUGUAAAAAUAAUUAAAACAAGAUCUUUGCCUUUAAAGAAAAGGACCUAAUUUGAAUGGCACUUAUCAAAAUAGUAAUUAACAGACAUUUGGAGAAUCAGUUCAAUUUAUUUCCUUCUCACCUGGCUCAGAAACAAGUUUAUUUCAACUCCAAGGGUAGUUUUCUCAGUAAGUUUCCCGACUCCUUGCCAACGAAUACCAACCAAACAAAGGAGGGGGAAAAUACCACUUGAGGUCAAAAUCUGCAAUUAAUUUAGGAAUAUGAGCUUCAACCUGGACCCCAACUAUAACUACCAUAGUUUUGAGCAAAAUUUUAUUCCACUUUCCUGAAAACAAACUCAUUUAUUACUCACUGACACUGGA